GCAAACACGUUUCUUCCCCUCUGUUCUACAGAUCCUCCGCCUCCUCCUCCGGUACAGAAAUAGCAGAGGUUUGGCAGAAAGAGCACUUCCAGUAGUGAGAGUGUGGACACAUCAGCACAGUGCGCCUGUCAGAGUAACUGUCCAGUUUUACAGUCUGGUUUAUUGAUUGGCUUUAGCCAGAGGAGCUCUAACGUCUGCUCAGCAUCAGCAACAAAAACAGGCUCGGCAGCUUGGCUGGACACCAAGCCUGGACUUGAUAAAGACAGUCCUGGACUACAUUUACAAUACAGUGAACACCAAAGGCUUAUAUUUGUCUGCCACUGGGUCAGUUCGACAUUUUAAGUUUUAGACUUUAGAGGGAAUGGCAUUGGAUUUCGCUGCGGGCUGCGUUGGAGGUGCUGCUGGUGUUUUAGUCGGGCAUCCGUUUGACACUGUAAAGGUGAGACUACAAGUUCAAAAUGUGGACAAACCUCUGUACCGCGGGACAUUUCACUGCUUCAAGUCAAUCAUACGCCAGGAGUCUGCGUUCGGUCUGUAUAAAGGCAUCGGCUCACCAAUGAUGGGUCUGACCUUCAUCAACGCCAUCGUUUUUGGUGUCCAGGGGAACGCCAUGCGCAAACUCGGCCGUGACACGCCUCUGAACCAGUUUUUAGCCGGAGCGUCCGCCGGAGCCAUCCAGUGUGUCAUCUGCUGCCCGAUGGAGCUCGCUAAGACGCGCAUGCAGCUGCAAGGUACUGGAGAGAAGAAGUCUAAGAGGAAACUGUACAAGAACUCCCUGGACUGUCUGGUGAGAAUCUACAAUAAGGAGGGAAUCCGAGGCAUCAACCGUGGCAUGGUGACCACCCUGCUGCGUGAGACCCCGGGUUUCGGCGUGUACUUUCUCACUUAUGACGUGUUGACACGUGCUCUGGGAUGUGAGCCAGAAGACCCUUACAUGAUCCCAAAGCUUUUGUUUGCCGGUGGGAUGUCAGGAAUCGCUUCCUGGAUCUCCACCUACCCUGUGGAUGUGAUCAAGUCGCGUCUUCAGGCGGACGGGGUGGGCGGGGUCAACCAGUACAGUGGCAUCAUGGACUGUGUCAGGCAGAGCUUAAAGAAGGAAGGAUGGAGGGUGUUCUCACGUGGACUCACUUCCACAUUGCUGCGUGCGUUUCCGGUGAAUGCGACCACGUUUGCUACAGUGACUCUGUUUUUGAUGUACAUGCGAGAAGGAGAGGAGUGCAGCAUCCAGGACUCUGAGGCGCAGCUGCAGCCUCUGCAGACACAGACGCAGUCAUUUGUGCAGCAGUGAGCAUUACUACAGUCCUCUGCAGGUUCACCGAGUCCAGACGGAGUUUGCAGCUUCAUGCAGGUCUUAGUCUGUUAACAGGUUUCUGUAAUCACAGAGGUGAACUGAUCCCAGGUAAGCAUCUGCCCAUGGAGCGUCAGCAAAGUGACCACAUGUAGUAUUUAAAUAAUAUAUAUUUUAAGAGAAAAGCUGCACUUGUAAAUAUGGUCUAUUUUUAAAUGUCCUUGGUUUUAUAUUCUUGUUUUUAACUUUUAAAUAAUUUAGGAAACUUAAUAGUUACAACAGUUCCUGUGUCAUACUGAACAGUGACGCUUUCAGGUCAUGGUGGAGCACGUUAGAAGCCCAUGUCAAAAUUAUCACCUUCAAACACUUACUGACAGUUACCAAAACAAGUUUGCAGAGUUUGGCAUUUUUAUAAGCAUUAAUGCUUCUCUUUUCAAACUAGCAACAGUGGAGUAAAUUUGUGAAAUAUAACAUGUGAACAUGGCAUUUUAGUGAUUUACUCAACGGUUACAGAUGCAAAGAAAGCCUAAAUGUGUGUUUCUUGUGCAUGCACAUUUAUGUAUAAUUUUUUUUUCUUUUUGAGGUGAUGACUGGGUAUACAAAUGUUACAAAGGGAAGCUGCUGUAUUUUUAUCUGCUGAUACUGUCUAAAGUUUAAUCAGAUUUGAUGUUACAACUGGAGAUUUGUUCCACUUUGGUCCUCGUAAUGGGUUACAAGCUCAGAUGUCAGCUCUUUGCCAAACAAAAUGAACAAUUUAUUAUAUCUUAUUUCAAUAAUAAGGUUUGUUCCCACACAGUCUGAAACCAAAAGGGAUGCAGAUUCUCAUUCUUCUAGAUUGGAUCUCAUUUCAGUGUCCAAAGAAAGCACUUUAUGCUGUCAUAUUAAGCACAAGUUUUACAAUCAAAGUUCUACUUUAAUGAAUUUUAUUUUUACCACUAAUGUAAAAUUUAGUUACAGUGUAGACUGAUGAUUUGUUAAAAGUGGGCUUUAUUAAAGCAACAGUGUGUUUUGAAUCUCUGCCCUGAGUUAAAGGAAGUGCCUCCUUUGAAAAUAUAUUUGAGUUUUAAGCCAAGCAUGCUUUUACAAGAACAGUGAAAAAUGUUAAAUACAGGGGAGUCACUAACUUUCCAUAACCAUUUUUUUUUAGGUGGUUUACUGCAAGAAUUUUUCUUUAAAACUAGAGAUGCACAGUAUAAUCUGCAUGAUAUUGGUACUGGCAGAUUCAAAAAUGUAUACCGAUAUUAAAGCCAACACACCAGCCAUACUUAUUGGCAGUAUAAAUCAUAUAUCAGCUAAAUAUACAACUGCACUAUCUGGUAUAGUUGGUUUUAUGGGGUGCCACACAUUCAAUGAGGCCCAUUUUGAGCUCUGAACAUUUAUGAAUGAAGCCCCAAAUGUAAAAUUUCUACCAGGUGAUAAUUUUCCACUCCUCUCUCAGCUCUGAUUAACUCAGCCUCUCUUAACACUGGAGACCCUUUGUGUGCUUUACUAUAAAAAAAGGAGUGUAUUGGACUUAAAUAUUAGGCUAGUGCUUCAAUGGCGAGCUCCAUCCUGACGUAAGUUUACUACAGAGCUUCUAAAAAGUUACAGACUACUUCAGCGCCUCAAACAACCACCAAGCAGUGAUUAACUUCAUCUACAUUUCACAUAAAAAGGGGUAAAGAUAAGUUUAAUAGUUCUAAAAAAACAGAGGUUUUAAUGGUGUCUGGCUUUGCUGCUGCACCUGUGGAUAUAAGUAAACUUCAUUAUUACUCAUCACAGAAAAAAGAAGAAUCAAAGUGUUUUAUACUCACGUCUUCAUCCCAUUACAGCCAGAGGUGAAAGUUUAACUGAGAUUAAUUCCAGAGCAGACCACACCACUGUGCCAGAGCUGUGCCAGCACCAUGCCGUGCUGCAUGACUGUCUGUGUCUCUCAAUUGGCCCGACAUCAUUAACAGGAGUUCUGUGAUCACUUUCAAAGCAUCUUCACACACAGACAGGAAUAUGUGUCUGUUUCCAUUAGCAGCGCCACUAAGGAAUUUAUCAUAAACAAGCACAUAUUAGACGGCACCGUCAUCAUGACAGUAAUUAAUGCAAUACUGUGGCUAUGUCGGGAUACGGUAUUCCUGCCCAUUCCUAGUGAUAAGGUUGGCUAAAAUGAGUUUGUGUCAGCAUAUCUGGUGUCAGCAAAAAUCUUGUGCAUCUUGAUUAAAAACAUAAAUUUCAGCAGGCUCUUGAGUUCAAAUGUUCUGCACCAUAAAGGUGUUUGAGCUUUUAUGCCAAUGGUUCUGUUUCCUCUGCAUCUGUAAAUCUGACCCACACAGCAUUUUAAACGAGAGGACAGGAUUUUAGGACCCCUCUUUAUAAUCCCCAGGACUGUCAUUUAAAGGACAAAGGGAAUCUUUAACAGCGCUUUAUGAUUUAUCAAAUAUAAACUUUAAGAUGUCAGACUGAACAUGAAUGCCAAAAAGGCUCUUAAACUUGUGGCUUAAAGCUGCAGGUGGCCCGUUUAUUAUCAGCUGGUGAAGCUGUCCUCUCUCACGCCUGUCCAAACUGAUGCUGCUGUUACUUCUCUGUAGAGUCUAAAGUGCAGAUCUGCUUUAAAGUUGUCCAAAGACAUGGCAAUGUACAAACUGUGAAUUUGUCUUUUUCACAUCAUGCUUGGACUAUCUAAGAUUUACUGUAAUGACAAUUCUGUGUUUUCCUGCUUGUCUGACCGUACCGGUGGAGGAUUAGUCCCUUUAAAGGGCUGCUUUGAUUGUUUAAUCGUGCCUUUGUUUUCUGCACUUCUUUAUAUACAGGUCUUUGUUUCAAAGCAGCAAGCACAAUGUGUAUUUCUUUGAGAGGAAGGUGAAUAAAAGCCAUUUUUCUCAUG